UGUGUGUGAAUUUUAUGAAACUUUAUUUAAAGCCAAAAGUUGUUAAAAAAUUAAAGUUCAGUAAACAUCCAGCACGUCAGGUUUUGCCUAAAGGUAGAUGUGAGCGACCCUUGAGGGGUACUUGUCUAUGCUGCCUUCACCUUCACUCAGCAUCUUAGAAAAGGUAUUGUGUCAUGUGACCUCACAGGCCUAUUGAGCUGCUGUUUUUAUUCUCUGUAAAUAAAGGAGGAACAAGCAGACACACAGACGACAUGUGGGAUGAAUGUGUGUUACAAUAUUUAUAAAACAAAUAAUGUGAAUAAAAAAAACUGGAGUUUUUGGAAUUUAACUCCGACUCAUUCACAUCGAGUCCACGAUGAACGCUCAUCACUGUGGACUCCGUCUAACCGUUGUGCCCUCAGUUCUGUCUUUCAGGUUGACGUGUCUGUGGUUUUUUCCUCCUGCAGUCACUCAUGUCGGUCUCUCAGAUCCGUCCUGGUCUGUUCCUCAGCGGUCUGGACUCAGCCCUGAACCGCAGCAUUCUCUCCAGCAGGAACGUCACGCUCGUGGUUAAUGCCUCCGGGCUGGAGGGCGUGUCUUACCCUCAACUGGACGGCCUGCAGGUUCUCCAUGUCCCCGUUCAGGACCGACCCCACGCCCCCCUGGGACACUACUUUGACCUGGUGUCUGAGCGCAUCAACCAAAACAACACGGGGACGACUCUGGUCCACUGCACAGCGGGCAGGAGUCGAUCUCCCGCCCUGAUCAUGGCCUACUUGAUAAGGUUUGAAGGUCUCAGCCUCCGUCAGGCUCAUGAACUCGUCCUAGAGCAGCGACAGUUUGUUCGACCGAACGCCGGCUUCUGGAGGCAGCUGAUGGACUACGAGAGGACCAGGACCGGCAGGAGCACGGUGAGGAUGGCGAGCACGUCCAGCGGAGUCCUUCCUGAAGCUCUGGAGGACCCCAAAGACUCAGCUGGUACAUACUGCGUCAACAUCUGACAAACGGACAGGGAGUGGACCCAUCUCAGUGAGGACUUGAAGUCAGGGUUCCUCCCUCGAUGUUUGUUUCACUGCAGGUCGUCUGUCCGACUUCUCACUGGGUGGGCGGAGCUUAGAUAGACAAAAGCUACAUUCACAUGGACCAAAAUCAUGAGAAUAAAAGUCUGACUGAAGAAAUAUUACACAUUUGAACAAACCUGAAGAUGAUACCUGCAUCUAUCAGGAUUUGGCCUGAGAAGUAUUUAAUAAAUUGAUCAGAUCAUGAUGUCAUAAACGUGUUGCAGCUGCUGGCACUACUUUAAGGAGCGGAUUAAUCUCUAUGUCAUGCUCUCUGCAGGAACUUAAUCUGGCCAUGUUGUAAUAAUUAAAGUUCAUGUGUAAACAUC